UAAUAUAAUAUAACAUGUCCCACGAAGUCAGCAACUGCAGCUCCAAACUUUACAAGUUUUGAAGUGAAAAUUUUUUGAGGUAAGCUGAAUUCUUUGUUCUCUCUUUCUCUGAUCUUAACUUUCAACUAUUGGCCAAGAGCAAAGAACGAAAGGACAAAGAUUGUUUUUUUUUUUCUUCUCUACCUCAACUUGCUUCAGUAUAUCCAUGGAGUCAACAACAGAAGUUAACCUUGGAAAAUCUAUAAUAGUGCCUAGUGUCCAGCAGCUGAGCAAGGAGCCAAUCAUCAACAUCCCAGCUAGGUACGUGCGAGAUGAUCAGGAGGACCCUUUGAUUGUCUCUCAUGACUCAUCACUUCCAUCGGUGCCAGUUAUCGAUCUUGAGAGAUUGGAUGUUGAAGAUUGCAUGAAUUCUGAAUUGGACAGAAUUCACUCUGCUUGCAAAGACUGGGGAUUCUUCCAGGUUGUAAACCAUGGAGUUAGUACUUCAUUGCUGGAAGAAAUCCGGACACAGAUUGAGAGUUUUUUCAAACUUCCAUAUGAAGAAAAGAAGAAGCUAUGGCAGCAGCCAAACCAUCAAGAGGGCUUUGGGCAGCUCUUUGUGGUGUCAGAUGAGCAGAAGCUAGACUGGUCAGACAUGUUCUUUAUAACUACCCAACCACAUGAUAUAAGGAGGGGUGACCUAUUUGACAAGCUUCCAACAAAGCUCAGAGGGGCCUUGGAAACGUACUCUAUAGAAGUGAAGAAGUUGGCCAUGACAAUCUUAGGUUAUAUGGCUAAAACUCUGAAGAUGGAUGCUGAGGAAAUGAGAGAGCUGUUUAAUGAUGGAGUUCAGACAAUGAGAAUGAAUUACUAUCCUUGUUGCCCAGAACCAGAUAAGACCAUUGGGAUUACUCCUCAUUCUGAUGCUGAUGCUCUAACGGUUGUUUUUCAGCUCAAUGAAACUGAAGGCCUCCAGAUCAGGAAGGAAGGGAGAUGGAUUCCUGUUAAACCUCUUCCAAAUGCUUUUAUAGUCAAUAUUGGUGAUAUCAUGGAGAUUGUGAGCAAUGGCAUAUAUCGAAGCAUUGAGCAUAGGGCAACAGUAAAUUCUACAAAAGAGAGGCUCUCCAUUGCUACAUUUCAUAGUUCCAAUAUAAACUCAGAACUUGGUCCUGCACCUAGCCUUAUUGACCCUGACAACCCAGCAAAUUUUCGAAGAAUUUCUAUGGAAAAGUACCGUAAGGAAUUUUUUGCUCGAAAACUAGAUGGCAAGUCAUAUCUUGACUUCAUGAGAAUAGAAAAUGGGGAGGGCAACACCUAUUGAAUGCACCGCCAAAUUAUGCAGUUGUUGAGUAGCAAAAUGGUGAGUUGCAAGAAUUUAUCUUCAAUCAUGAAUUCAUGAUUCAUAAAGAGUAAAUUCAGUGGCUUCAUUAAUAAGUAUGAAAAUAAAAUGCAGAAACUUGUGUACUAUAUUCGUCCGUUAUGAUCCUGUUUGAAAGACCACCAAAUAAGGGACAUUAGAGUUGCAACUUGCAAGGACAUCUAUCUUCUUGAAGGUUUUUUUGCUAUUUGUAAAAGUACUAACAAAUGUUGAAUGUGUAAGCGAAUUUAAGCAAAGUGUAGAGUGGUGACAUGAGAGAAUUUAGUCCUCAAUGUUGCUCCCAGAAGA